GAAUUGCUGCAGCGGACUUGGGGACUGGACAAAGAUCACAAAGAUAACUACCAACUUUGCUUCGUUCCUGUUCGGAGGAGAAUUCGCCACACCAAGACAAGAUUCUGCCCAAGGACAUUAACACUUCUGUUGCUGAGAUCCCCUGUCAUCUGGAUACCUUUAUAUCAAGAUGUUUUGGUUUAGACAUUUGCUCCUGCACCUCUGGUUUUUGGGAUGUCUUUACUUGGCAAUACAAGCUUGGCGCGUUGACAUGCCAAGAAAUAUCAAAGCACUGUUGAAUUCCUGCCUCGUUAUCCCUUGUAGCUUUGACUACAAUUUGUAUCCACCUACAAGAGCAGACAGAGUUGUUUGGUACCAGUAUGUGAGCAGGGGAUAUCCUUUGGUUUAUGACAGUUGGUACCCUAAUGAAGUAAUUAGCAUGUAUAGAGGAAGAACCUAUGUAUACACUUCCAAAUAUGAAAAAUCAUGCUCUCUAAAGAUUGAACGUGUGAACUGGAACGACCACAGACAAAAACUUUAUCCUUGGGUGGAUCCAGAACAUGUUGGGUCUAGCACAUAUGCAUUCUAUGACACAGCAGUAACAAUUGAAGUAAUUGCACAGCCAAAGCCACCACGAAUUAUAAUCUUUGGAGAAAGAAAAGUUGGAAAAUCUGUAACAGUGCAAUGUUCUGCUGAACACACAUGCUCCACCAGUCCACCAACUCUCAGCCUCAACAUCGCAAUGAAAGACAAAAGAGUUUCCAACACUCAGCUAUCUGAUGGCACUUCUAAAGCUAUCUUAACAGGCACUUUAGUCUUAGAGAGAGACGUUCAAGUGAUUGAGUGCACUGUCCAGCACAAAGGUGGUAAAACAGCAAGAACAUCUGAAACCUUAACUGCAGACUGCUCCAUUUUACCACUGAGCAUUAGCUCUACUUCAGUUGAAUAUGUUGAAGGAGUUCCAAACCAAGUAACAUGUGAAGCUUCUUAUACUUGCUCCAGCAAUGCACCAGUUCUCGAAUGGAACUACUCUAACAUGCCAGUUACCAGAGAUAUUAAAACUUUGGGGACUUUGCAGAAAACUGUUUCCACACUGACAUUUACAGCAUCAGCUAAAGACAAUGGAAAUGAUCUGAUAUGUUCUGCAAACUUUCCUGGAGGAGAGACUCAGCAGAAGAGCCUCACCAUACGGGUAAAACGAAACAUGCUCAAUCUGGGCUGGUCUUUCACUACUCCAGGAAGCGUAACAGGAAUGAAAGGAUCAUGUAUCAUCAUUCCUUGCAAGUUUUCCUACAGCAAAGCCCAACCGAGUGGCCUCCAAGUUGUCUGGUACUUGUACCAAAAUAAUGGACGCGCAGACGUAUUCAACCAAAGACAAUCAAAUAUUUUAAGCAGAUAUAAUGGGAUAACACAUUUGAUUGGCUCUGUGUCAGACCGCAAUUGUAGUCUUAAAAUAGACCGGCUGGAUAUGUCUCACAAUGAGGAUAAACUCUAUCCAUGGGUUGAUAUCAACCCAAUUACCUCCUACCACUCACAGGGACAUUCAUUUUUGGAUAGAAGCACCAAAAUUAUGGUUUCAGACCAUGCACAAGAACCCCAAAUGAGCAUCAUUGAUGUUCCUAAGGUGGGAGCUCAAAGCAGGGUUACCUGUAAAGUGAAAUAUACAUGUUCUUCUGCUCCUCCUGCCCUGUCUCUGAAUGGCAUUCCUGGAACAGACCGCACCAUUGACUCCUUGUUGUCAGACGGCAUUUGGGAAAGAACAAUAGAACGAACUUGGAAUGUAGAAGAAGACCACAAGAAGGUGGAGUGCACUGUGAGAUAUCCUGGUGGACAAAGUGCCAAAAGUGAGCUCCUCCUGCAUGUUGAAUGCCCAUUUGAAACAAUCAAAAUGGUUGAACCUCCAGGAGAGCUAAUAGAAGGAGUGGCAAAGAGUGUAAUUUGUUCUGUGUCCUACAAAUGCAAGACAAAUACACCAACAAUUGAGUGGAACUUUUCAGACAUGCUGCAUUUACAAAAGCUCAAAAAAAUAUCCAGUAAUACGUAUACCACUGAGUCCAAUCUUACGUUUAUUGGUUCCCUUGAAGACAAUGGAAAACCUUUGACCUGCAUUGCACAUUUUCUGACUGGAGAAACAUCAAACUCCUCACUUCUUCAGAUAAAAAAAUAUGUACCGGUUGAAGAAGAACUGAACGAGAAAGAUACUUUCCGCGUCCUGGCUGCUGACGUCCCUCGCAGAUUCAAUGCUUGA